AUGUCUAAACACCGCAAUGCUGGUCUCACCCCAUUUCAAACAGUUCCAAUACUUUCACAGAAAUGUCAGCGGUUUCGCUUCGAGCAUCCUUUCACCUCCAUGAUUGCCGGAAUGACCGGGUCCGGAAAAACGGCCUGGGUUCGAUCGCUAUUGCAACAAGCUUCAGAGACCAUUUACCCUCCCCCGGAGAGGAUCGUUUGGUGUUAUUCACAAUGGCAGCCUGCGUAUACACAAAUGUUAGUCGCCAUGCCAAACAUUGAAUUCGUCAAGGGAAUUCCUACGGCUUUGGAGCAAGAUUCCUAUUUUGAUGUGAACAAACGGAAUUUGAUCGUUUUUGAUGAUCAGAUGAUCGACGCCAGUAAGGACAAGCGAAUUGUGAACCUUUUUACUCGUGGUUCUCAUCAUCGCAAUCUGAGCGUGAUUUAUAUCGUGCAGAAUCUAUUUCAUCAGGGGAAA